AGCCCACAUUUGGUUGUUUUGUUUUACCAAUAUCAGGGAGCAGCUGUAGCUCUGCAGGAACCACCAAAACGAGACUCGCUAUGCACUUGUCUCAAUCUCGCUGGUAGUUUUACUAUAGUUCUGCGUGGACUCGUGCUGAUUUAGAGGAAGAUGGCCCAGUGGGAGAAACUGUGGCAGCUGCCUGUUCAUUACAGCCAGCAGUUACAUGAGCUUUAUGACAGGGACGGGCUGCCUAUGGAUGUUCGGCACUACCUGUCAGCCUGGAUCGAGAAGCAGGAGUGGCAGCGAGCAGCACGGGACUAUAGCCUGGCCAUGGUGCUGUUCCAGGUCCUGCUGGAGAAUCUGGAUAACCAACACAGCCGCUUUGUUCAGGAGGAGUUAUUCUUACAACAGCACAACAUCAGACGUUAUAAACAGAACUUCCAGAGGUAUCAGGAUGAGCCAUGUGCUUUAGCAAGCACAGUCAUGUGGUUUUUGGAAAAGGAGAAGGAAAUCCUGGCAAGUGCUGAUCUGGCUGAACAGGUCCAGUUUUUGCAGGUUGAGCAGGAAGCCAUGGAGACGAGCUGUCAACAGGACCUUGAGCGUAAAAUGGCUGGCCUGAAGAAUGAUGUGCAGUGUUUGGAGCAUGCAAUAAUUUGUCUGGAAGAGCAGCAAGAUGAGUUUGAUUUUAAAUAUCAGACCCACCAGAUGGAAGCUGUGGUUGAUGAGGCUGCGAAGAAAGCGCAAGUUAGAGUUCUUCAGGAACUUGUCAACAGGCUCAAUGAAUGCAGAAAGAGCACACUGUCAGAUUUAAAAAAGCUUAUGGAUCGCGUUGAGGAUAUGAUCGAUGUGUUGGUGAAGAAGGAGCUGGUGGAAUGGCAGAGGAGACAGCAGAGAGCCUGCAUUGGUGCAACAGACAAUGUUUGCUUGGAUCAGUUGGAGAAGUGGUUCACCUGUGUUGCAGUGUGUCUGUUCCAGGUGUGGGAGUUUCUAAAUAAGCUGGAGGAGUUGGUAGGCAAAGUGUCCUAUGAAAAUGACCCUGUGAAGGCCCAGAAACCAGCACUGCAGAGAAGAGCACACACUCUUCUGCAAGGCUUACUCAAGAGUGCCUUUGUGGUCGAGACUCAGCCGUCGAUGCCUCAGGGGAAAGGACCUCUGGUUCUUCGCACAAAUGUCCAGUUCUCUGUGAAGACGAGACUGCUGGUUAAGUUUCCAGAACUGAACCACUCCAUGAAAGUGGAUGUUUCCAUGGACAGGGAGGCUCCCAACAUCAAAGGAUAUCGCCGUUUUAAUGUCUUGGGAACCAAGACCAAAGCUUUGAACAUGGCUGAGAGCCAGUUUGGAGGCAUGGUGGCCGACUUUAGACAUCUGAUUCUGAAGGAGCAGAAAUCUGGAGGUGGUGGCAAAGGAGUCAGUGAUAUUUCUCUGAGUGUUACAGAGGAGCUACACAUCAUCUACUUCAACACUGUAUUUGAGCUGAAAGGUUUUUCAGUUGAGCUACAGGCGUCCUCCUUUCCUGUUGUCAUCAUCUCCAACUCCAGCCAGCAGCAGAGCGCCUGGGCGUCCGUCCUCUGGUUCAACCUGCUCAGCCAGGAUCCCAAGGAUGUCAUGUUCUUCGCCAACACUCCUGCAGCUCCUUGGCCACAGUUUGGGGAGAUGUUGAGCUGGCAGUUUCUCUCUGCCACUAAACGUGGUCUGGAUGACGCCCAGCUAGAAAUGAUCGGACACAGGCUGUUUGGGAAGCAGCAGAGCUACGACACCAACAAGGUAGCAUGGUCGAAAUUUAGUAAGGAAAAUACUCCUGACACUUUCUGGGUGUGGUUUGAUGGCAUCUUGGUGAUGGUGAAAACGUACCUGGAAGACCUCUGGAGAGAUGGCUCCAUAAUGGGUUUUGUGACCAAAAACAAGGAGAAGUCCCUUCUGAAGAAAAAGCAGAGAGGCACAUUCCUGUUGCGCUUCAGUGAAAGUGUCAUCGGAGCGAUCACCUUUUCCUGGGUGGAAAUAACCUCAACUGGUGACCCUGACAUAAAGACAGUUCAGCCCUUCACCAAAGUUGACCUUUCACAGAUCCCCUUCCAUGAAAUCAUCAGAAACUUCCAGAUCUUAGAAGCUGAUAAUGUCCCAGAGAAUCCUUUGCUUUACCUGUAUCCCAACACCCCAAAAGACGAGGCUUUUGGAAAGUACUACUCUGAAAAGAGUGGAGAUGCCAGUCCUUACCUAAAGUACAUCAAAACCAAGCUGGUGUUCGUUUCAAAAGAGAACACACUGGAGCCUAGGCCACUCUUGUCCUCUGACAUGGCACAGAGUGCAGGCCUGGAGCCACUGAGUGGCCUGUGUGGAGAGGCAGCUGAACAAGUGGAAGAUCUUCAUCUACUGCAGCCCCCAUUGCAACCUUACCACAAUGAUCCCAUGCUGAGCAGCUCUGUGGAACCCCAAGAUGAAGGCUUCCCGAGCUAUCUGGACAACUUUGCUGACAGUGAUUUACUGCAACUGCAACCAGAUCCUGCACUGCCCGAUUUCUCCUUUACAGGUUUCAACAGCCUGCAACUACAACCCUGUGGAAGCAUUUUUCAGUAGGUCUCCAUAUACUUGACCAAAACCCCGGUCAUCAUUCAUUAUUAGCUUCACUUUUUGCUAAUAUGCAAGUUCCAUUAUACCGUAUAUGUUGUGAAUUAUAUAACCACCUAUCUGAAAAACGUAUUAGUUAUUGAUUAUCAUGCCAACAAAACAGAAUGAGCUGGACUCCUAUCCACUGCAUUUAGUAUUUUUAUGUCUGUUAUUUUAACGUAACACAAAUGAAGCAAUCACAGAGAAUUAUUAUUUGUAGAAAAACAUUGUAUGAAUCACUGCACAGCUCAUUGCAUCGACUGUUGUUUGUUGUAAAGCCUCUUGUCCUUUUAAAGCAGAUGAAGCAUUGCACUAGAACCUUGCACUUACCCUGAUUUAAAUUAAAUACUUUCUUACUGUCUUUUUAAAAAAAAUAAUAAAUGUUUUCAGCAAUAAAAAUGAAAGGACUGAUUGUAUGCUCUCUUCUUUACUAACAUACAGUUGAUCUAUUUAGACAAAUAUUCAGGUUGUUUUAUAUCAUUGGAAUCCUUAAUGAAGUUUGCAUAGCAUUUUAAAAUUGUCUUUUUAUCUUAGGUCUGUGGAGAUUUGUACAAUCACAUAAUGUGCAGAUUAGCAUGCUUCAUAUAAGAUUAAGUUAAUACUACAAACUAAGUGAUAGCUUGUCAUGUCCAUGCGCAG